AUGCCAGACCACACCAACCUUCCAGAAGGUGAUGUCCCCAAUUCCAUGUUGUGGCCGAGAGCUCCUGCAUCCAUGGUCACCAAAGAAGACAUUAUCCUUCACCAACAGGAGGUCCUCUUCAAGAAGUUGAUUGCCUUGGACACCAAGGCUGAGGAACGCCACCAGGCCAGCCAAAGAGAGCAGAAGAAAGUGAACACCUUGCUGGGCCUGGUCGCCGCACAUCUCGAGAUCGAUCCGAAGUCCCUGGCUUCAACAAAGGCUUCAACAAAGAGCAUGAAGGCCACCAGAAGACCUGCGGCCAAGGCUGCCGUCCACAGCCUUCGAGAUGCCUUGAAGGAUGAUAUAUUGAUGGUCUCAAAAGCAUACGUUAAGGAGCAUCCUGGUACUCUUCUGAAGACCCUGACCACGAAGGUCAAGGAAGAAGGUUUGGUGACCAAGUGGGCUUCGUGGGUAGAGGCGCAUCUUCAGGAUGAACAUCGUGCUGAGUUUCGUGGAUUUGACGAAGAGAAGAAGGGUUGGGCAUACAAGGAGGCUGCCAAGGGGGUCUUUCCCACCACGACCACGACCACGACCACGACCGCAACUGGAAUCAGGGGCAAGGGCAAAAGGGCUGCUGAAGAUGCAGAGUCGCACGACGUCUCUGCUGACCAGGACCACGACGAAACCGGAAGUUCGGGUCCAGCGAAGCGCUCAAGAAAGACUAGAGCGAACAAGACGUCUAUCCUAGUUGAUGAUGAUGACGAAGAGGAGUCCGACGACCGCCAGCCUCAGACAUCCCAAGACGGGGAGUACGAGGGCAACACUCUUGUCGACGAGAAUGAGGAUGAGAAUCAUGAUGAAAACAACUCUUAG